CGGAUGGGUAUGGAUGGGUUGGGGUGGCGAUGUGGGGGAGGCCUGGCACUCGUCUCUCACUCCGCGCUAGACCGUGAUCGUGCGAGCACCUCCCCAGGAAAUCAUGUCACCCAACUACAAGUUAAUCUACUUCAAUGCUAGAGGCCGUGCAGAGCACAUACGCUUUAUAUUCGCUUAUGCUGGCGUCGAGUAUCAUGACUACAGGGUUCCUAAAGAGAAAUGGCCGGAGCUUCGCAAGACCAUGCCGUUCGGAAUGCUGCCGGUGCUGGAGAUGGACGGGAGGUAUAUCGGACAGUCUAACGCCAUAGCGAGAUUCCUAGCCCGGAAGUACCAACUUGCUGGUAAGGACGAGAAGGAAGCACUUCAGUGUGACGUUAUGGUGGACACCCUGGGCGACCUCAAGCAAGUUCUAUGGCUGUACCGCUCUGAGCAGGACCCCAUCAAGAAGGAGGAACGCAAAACGACGCUCCUGAAAGACACCAUUCCUUUUUAUCUGAAGAGGUUUGAGAAGGCCAUCGCCGAAAAUGGAGGUUUUGCUGUUGGUGGAUCGAUAACCUGGACGGACUUCGUGUUUGCCGUGUCACUAGAAAACUUCGAAAUCAUAUUUGGGAAGGACUCUUUAGAGGCGUAUCCUCAUCUACGAGCUCUCAAAGAACGGGUAUUCUCCCUCCCUCAGAUAGAGAGUUGGAUACAGAAACGGCCUCACACUGAGUUUUAAGGCUGGGCAGUGAUUCUCAAAUGAGUCAUCAAUGCUUACACCACGCAGUUAGUGAGGGCAGACUCGUGUGUUUGAUGUUUAUUGUUUGCAUGGUUGAGUGUAGUUAUCGUUAUUAUCAAGAAAAACCUUACUUUUCAAUCUAGAAAAUGUUUAAACUGACGUAUUAUUCUAAGUUUAUUAUUUGGUAAGAUAACAUAUUGUAAUAUACCAAUAGACGUUUGGUACAUUAUGCCUUAUUUAUAAUGUACACGUUUCUGUUCUGGUGUGUAAAUUACAUUUUGAAAUAACCGGAAUACCUAUGAAUAAAUAAUGUUGGUAUAGGUCAAUUAAGCUAAAAUUUCAUUCUAAGAGCCACAACGAAGGCUGUGUUAAAUUGAUCUACGCUUAUUUAGAGAAACAAAACUGUAUAAAACCAUGUAUAAUACUGUUUUAGACAAAUAAAACUUGUAUACAGUUUGUAAUACUGUAAUUCUUGUCCAAUAAUUAAAUACACAGGGUGUUUGAAAAGGAACUCUCUAGUUUUAAUGUGUUUCAGGAAUCUGUACAAAGUGACAUAUUAUUCUAGUUUGGUGUGAACAAUUCAUCAACUCUGCAAGUAUAGCAGGUCUGUUUGACCUUGAGACCAGUGUUGUGUUUGUCCUCUGCUCUGAUCAGUUCUCUCUCAGUUCAGUCCAGAUGUACGUGCACUGAAGUGCAGAGGAACUCGGCAACAAUGUGUAUUCCGCAACAGAAAACUGUGUUAUUGGGCUUGUAAAAACUGAGUCACUUAUAACAGAACAAAGUAAUUUUAGACAUCAGUAUGGUGUUAUGGUGAACCACUAUAAUCUGUCAUUGGCUAAAGACUCUCGAAGAAACCGGUAGUGUUUUAAAACAAAAUCACCAGGUAGACCGAGAACUUGUGAAAAUAUUAUUGAACAGAUCCGUGUUCGUGUGUUCGGAGUCCGCAGAAUUAUACAAUUAGAAGGGUCUAAAGAUACUGUAUACGAUUUUGUGCGUAAAAGACUUCUGUUACGCGCCUACAAAUUACAACUGUUAGAUGAAACCAAACUUGGUGACAAAACUGAAACGUAUGAAUUUGCUGUUGGUUUUUCACACAGAAUUAAAAAGUGAAAAGAUCAGGAAAUGUUCUCAACCAUUUACGGAAAAGAAUCGUCGCAGCGAUUGGGACAGUUACAACAGAAAUAUUGAUGAAUACAUAGUGAAAAUUGAAAUAUCGUAUCGAAGUGGUUAGGGCAACAAAUGGAUCGCACGUUAAAGUGUACUAAACUUCAAGUAAUUAUCUUUCUUGAUUUGUUUACGUAAUUUUGUAUUAAUUUCCCCGUUAAAUUUAUACUUAAAACUAGGAAGUUCUUUUGAAACACUCUGUAUUUUGAGAAUAUUAAUUCCUGUGUAUGCUGAGGGCAAAAUAAUAGCAAGAGGUACUCAGGUGAAAAUAUGAAUUGUGUGGUUGUUUGUUUAUGGAGACGCCUUGGGCUGGAGAUACAAGAAAAAACAAAGAAACUCCGUGUGUUUCUAGGCAAUGGACAGUGGUUUUAUACUUUAUACAUAUUAAUGAGAAGCAUAUUUUUGGGUUAUUCUUCUAUGUACAGGCUGUUAUACUUUGUUUACAAACUCUGCUAAGCGUUACAUUUUCUCUUUUACGUACCAACACCAUAUAGACUAUUAUAUCUUCUCUUUCAGUAGUAAUUAACAUGUGUUUAUUUGUAAUGUUACGACGUUACAUCUUUUAUUUGUAUGCAAGUUUAUAUAAAAUUGUGAAAUUUAGAUAAAACGAGUUAUUUAGUUUUAAAUUAGUUACGAUUUAAUACGACUUUAUAGAUAUUCUAUAAAAAUAUUUGAAAAUCAGAAAUAAACUUUUGAUGUACAGAAAAUACCUAUUGUUAAUCUUUUUCAUUUCAAUACAAUUAUCGAACACAAGGGAAUUUAUUUUAGUGGUAGCUUGUGUAUGUUGUACACUAAAAAAACAACCUCUAAAAUGACUAAUCAUCUUUCACAAAUAUAAUUUACUUCAUACAAGAUUGUGUAGAAACGCAGUUUAUAGCUCCACGGUUUUGCUUUCAAUUCGUUGUGGCAUUAAAAAGAUUUGCUUGAUGUUAGAUAUUAUGAGAAGGAUAAUUAAAUGGUUUCAAAGUAACAUUCAUUAGAAAUAUUUUACUACAUUAUGUAUGCUCGGAUAUUUGGGUAAAUGUAAUAUAAAUUCUACAAUAUGCAGUAGAGUGUGUUAGAAACGAUCACGUGCUAGACAUUAUCAGCCGCAGAGAAGCCUUUUGCUUAUAAAGUUAUUUUUUGUAAUUUGUAUUUAAAUUUCACAAAAAUAUAUUGAGCUAUUUUUGUAAAUAAAGCACUACAUAUUUGUUUGUAACUUUUUUCAAAAUGUCAGUAAAUACAAUAGUAACUGUGAAGCCGAAUUACAUUUUUAUAAACACAAGAUUUUAUAUAUUUCUAGACGGUAUAUACAAGUAUAAUAAAUUUAUUAGAGUUUUUAAAAGCUUUCAAGAGGUAUUAGUUUUACUACAUGAUUAACUUGACAGAUGUAUGUGACCAAAUGGAUUACACGUUUCUCCGUUCUUAUAAUCCCAGCAUACAAAAAAUUUGUGUACAUGUUAUACAAGCACAGCACAAUCCUAAAGGGACCCGUAUUGAUCUAUAGGAAACAUGUUCGUAUGUAUGUUGUUAAUCUAAUUUAUCUGGUUAUAUCUGUUGUGAACUCUACAUUACUGUUGAUUUUCAGUAAAAGUCUACAAAAGUUUGAAUUUAUGACAAUUCGAUGGUAUUUUGCUGUUAUAAAAUAUGCCGUGCUUGUUUCCUUGUGUACAUAAUAUUCUGUUUUGUGUAAGAUAUGCAAUGUAAGUAAUACGACACCGAUAUGUAAAACGUGUAAUGCUUGAUAUUAUAACGACAUGGUUGUAAUUUUACUUUGAGAAUUGUUUAUACUCGUAUUUCUGCUUAUGAACCCCCUUCCAUUCAGGAUAAGCACACCCCUGGUAGGCAUGCAUAGACUGCAUUAAUUGAUUGCCCAUUGUUUUAUCUAUAAAUUAGCCUGCCAAGCUGCAGUCCAUUGGCGUAAAUAUAAUUGUUGUUGUACAGUAGAGUAUAUUUAUGUACAAGAUUGUGUAUGAAUGGCCUACACUGUGUUCUAAAUAAACUGUUAUAUGUUGAUA